CAAUGUGGCUCCAAAACAUCCGUUGGAAGUUAUUGUUACUGGAAUCGUUUUCCUUCAGAAACUCGAUAGAGUUUCAAUCAAGUAAUUGAAUUGCAACAGUUUUCAUGUUCCCGUUUUGCAACCACUUAAAUGUACAAGUGUCUUAGACAUUUUUGAAGGACAUACGAAAUUUGAAAGGCGAUAUUUAACAAAAUUGUUCGAUAUUUUGAUAUACGAUGGGAGAUGAAACCGAACAAGUUCCAGCAAUUAAUGUGAAAGAACCAUUAGAUCUUAUUAGACUGAGCCUAGACGAACGGAUAUAUGUUAAGAUGCGCAAUGAAAGAGAGCUUCGUGGUCGUCUACAUGCAUAUGACCAACACUUGAACAUGGUACUCGGAGAAGCAGAAGAAACUGUAACGACGGUUGAAAUUGACGAGGAAACAUAUGAAGAGGUAUAUCGUACUACGAAACGAAACAUUCCGAUGCUCUUUGUUAGAGGAGAUGGUGUUAUCUUGGUAUCUCCUCCUAGUAUGAGAGCUCCGAUAUAAUCUGGUAGUAUGUACAUCUAUGUACAUAAUUUCUCACUCAUAUGCAAGUUAAAUAUAUAUUUUUAUUAUCAUAAUAUUAAUAUAGUGUUACACACAUUCAUCAGAUCAUGUCAAAUAAAGUCAUGUAAGAAAUUA